AUGGCGGCCACGGAGGCGGUGAUGGCGUCGUCGUCUUUGUCUUUGGAAGCGGACACAGCCUCAGCCCUUGAAAGCUCGGGAACAGUCGCCGUGGCGGCUCCGAUCUCGCCAGCGACGGCGAAAGCCGCCACGACGGAGGCCGCGGCCGCCGCCGGAUCGGAGCCCGGGGACGCCAAGUCCGCCAUGGCCAACAAGCUGCUGUCGCUGAACGGCGUGUUCGCCGUGCACAAACCUAAAGGGCCCACUUCAGCCGAGCUGCUGAAUCGGCUGAAGGAGAAGCUGCUGGCAGAAGCUGGCAUGCCUCCUCCAAAAUGCAACAAGAGGAAAAAACAGACUUUCAAAAUUGGCCAUGGAGGAACUCUAGACAGUGCAGCCAAAGGAGUUCUGGUGGUUGGAGUUGGAAGGGGAACAAAAAUGUUGACCAGUAUGCUGUCAGGGACCAAGAGAUAUAUUGCUGUCGGAGAACUGGGAAAAGCUACUGAUACAUUAGAUUCUACAGGGAAAAUAACAGAAGAAAAACCUUACGAUAAAAUCACACAAGAAGAUAUUGAAGGCAUUCUGGAGAAAUUUACUGGGAAUAUAAUGCAAGUACCUCCCCUCUAUUCUGCAUUAAAGAAAGAUGGGCAGAGACUUUCAACUUUGAUGAAGAGAGGUGAAGCAGUAGAAGCAAAACCUGCCCGGCCGGUUACUGUGUACAGUAUCUCCCUUCAAAAAUUCCAGCCGCCGCUCUUCACCUUAGAUGUUGAAUGUGGAGGAGGCUUUUAUAUCAGAAGCUUGGUCAGUGACAUUGGCAAAGAACUCUCGUCGUGUGCCAAUGUGCUCGAGCUGACCCGAACCAAACAGGGACCAUUUACUCUAGAAGACCAUGCCCUUCCUGAGGAGAAGUGGACCAUUGACGACAUAGCGCAGGCGCUGGAGCUCUGCUCCUCUCUCCUCCCAGCCGAGACAGGACUUAAAAAGCCCAGGCCCGAGGAGUCGAAAGACCAGGCUUUGACCUGCCAGAGUGCCUCGUUAAAUGAGGCGAAAGGAGGACACGAUGCCAUUCAGACGUGUUAA